AUGGAUCCUGAACAAAGCCAGAAGAGCACAAAAAAGGCUGAGGAAAGUCCAAGAAAGAGGCUUCCCAAAGGAGAGGCUUUCCAAGCCAGUGUUUCAUCCACUACUACAUACCAGGGCAGCUCUGCUCCUUCGCAAGGAACCCCUCUCCGAGAUAUCAUUUCACAGCAGCACUUUUCUGGGUCUUUGCCAGUCCCAAGGGAGGAGUCUCAGGAGAAGCCUGGACAUCAGAAGCAACCUAAGCCUUCCUCUUUUGAACACCCUCCCCACGUUUCUCAGCUUCAGCAGCACGCACUGACACCAGCAUUCAUGUCUCCUGGGAAACCAGAGCACGUCCUGGAAGGUCCCACAUGGCAGCUAGUUGAUCCAGUACGAGCAGGUCCUUCUGGCUCCUUCUCAUCACCCGGGCUUCACUCUCACCACGGCCAGCUCCUACCUUCCCACUCACCAAUCAUUCCUGCCGAGGACAUGCCGUCCGUUCAGAAGGUCUACAUCCCUCGCUCCUCACAGGUUUCCUUAAAGCAAGCUGAGGAAGUGCACAAGAAGGAAAAGAAACCUCAAAAGCCAGGCAAAUACAUUUGCCAGUACUGCAGCAGGCCUUGUGCGAAGCCAAGCGUGCUCCAAAAACACAUCAGGUCCCACACAGGGGAGAGGCCCUACCCUUGCAUUCCAUGUGGCUUUUCUUUUAAGACUAAGAGUAAUUUGUAUAAGCAUAGGAAAUCUCAUGCUCAUCGCAUCAAAGCUGGGCUGGCCUCAGGGAUCGGAGCAGAGAUGUAUCCAUCGAGCUUGGAGAUGGAGAGGAUUGGUGGGGAGGAGUUUGAAGAGCCAACAGAAGGAGAGAGCACAGAUUCGGAGGAGGAAACGGGGGCCAUGUCAGGCCACUCAGCGGAGCUCUCCCCCAGGCAGAAGCACUCCCUGCUGUCCGGCAGUUUGCUGAGCGGAGGAAGCCAAGGCUCCAGCCAGGAGCGGUGUUCGCUGUCUCACUCCAGCCUGUCUCAGUCUCUGGAGGACAGCAGCCAGUUCGCAGAGCCGUCCUCAGACCAUGCUCCGAGCCAUAAGUCCGAGGACAGCCACACCAUCAAGCAGAAGCUGGCACUGCGCUUGAGCGAGCGGAAGAAGGUGAUCGACGAGCAAGCCUUCCUGAGCCCCGGCAGCAAGGGCAGCACCGAGUCAGGCUACUUCUCCAGAUCAGAAAGUGCAGAGCAGCAGAUCAGCCCUCCCAAUACCAAUGCCAAAUCUUACGCAGAAAUCAUCUUUGGGAAGUGUGGCCGGAUCGGGCAGAGGACUGCGGCCUUGGCUGCCAACACAACCCAGGGCUUUCCACACCUGUCUGCCGAAGAGAAACCCAGCAUGGUCCCAUUGUCUGUGCCUAGGACACAGGUCAUUGAACACAUCACUAAGCUAAUUACAAUUAAUGAGGCUGUUGUAGAUACCAGUGAAAUAGAUAGUGUGAAGCCCAGAAGAAGCUCUCUGUCUAGACGUAGCAGCAUCGAAUCUCCCAAGUCUGGUGUGUACAGAGAACCGUUUCAGUUCGAUAUCAAAUCUGCUUCCAGCGGCCAGUUGGAGGCAUCGAAAGCGUUGACAUCCCACGGGGAAAAAAUUAAGCCUGAACAAUCAUUGUUGUCACUUCAGCAAUCCCACAGUGCCACAGAGACAGUGCCUCUCCUAAGAAGCCACUCAAUGCCUUCUGCUGCAUGCACUAUAAGCUCCCCACACACCUUUAGAGGUAGCUACUCGUUCGAUGAUCACAUCAUGGAGCCUGAAGUCUUAAGCCGCAGUCAAGCGUUUUCCUCCCACCCUCGAAUGCUUAAACGGCAGCCAGCUAUCGAGCUCCCUUUGGGAGUGGAAUAUCUCUCGGAGGAGGUUAGCUCUGCAAACAAAGAAACUGUUUCCAAACCUCCUGAGGAGCCUGAAACCAAGGAAAGCGAUCCUACCAAAAAGUCACGGAAGGGGCCGAAGGUCAAAGGCUUCAUGUACGAGUGCAGCGUGUGCGGUGCUCGCUAUAAGAAAAGGGACAACUAUGAAGCCCAUAAGAAGUACUACUGCUCAGAGCUGCAGCUCUCAAAGCCUCGCUCUUCUGCUUCCCACACCUCUUCAGAGACUGAGAAAAGCGCUGCAGAUCCUGACACGUGGCCCCAGAUGAUGCAUUACAAGCUGGGGAGUAGUUUGGAGCUCACCCCGCUCCGCAAAAGGCGGAAGGAAAAGAGCCUGGGUGAUGACGAGGAGCCUCCAGCUUUCGAGGUGUCAGACACUCCCUCCUCCAGUGCUGGCCCAGGCACUCAGUUUGCAAACCCAGCAUCAUCUGAUGUCACUUUAAACCUAGCCCGUGAAUCCAUGAAGUCACCAGCAGAGCCGGGGAAAUCCACACCUUCUGAUGUCGGAGCCAGCUUCCAUGCCAGGACCACCAAACCUGCUCCGAGCACAGAGGGCAAAGAGAGAAGAACGACCUCAAAGGAGAUCUCGGUCAUCCAGCACACGAGCUCCUUUGAGAAGUCUGACUCCAUCGAGCAGGUGAGCAGCUUGGAAGGAGAAGACAAACCCUUGGCACAAUACUCAUCCCAGCCAACAGCCCAGCACAGCCGACCGCCUCACUCCCUGCAGCCCAAGCUGGUCCGCCAGCCCAACAUCCAGGUCCCAGAGAUCCUGGUCACGGAAGAGCCUGACAGACCAGAAACAGAGCCAGAGCCUCCUCCCAAAGAGCCAGAGAAAACAGAGGAAUUCCAGUGGCCACAGAGGAGCCAGACCCUUUCUCAGCUCCCUGCAGAGAAACUGCCACCAAAAAAGAAGAGGCUGCGGCUGGCAGAAAUGGCUCAGUCCUCCGGGGAGUCCAGCUUUGAGUCAGUGUCUCUCACCCGCAGCCCGAGUCAGGAGAGCAGCGUGUCCCACGGCUCCAGCCACUCCGUCUCCUUGGAUCGGGAGGAUCACGGCAAGUCAGAGUCUGCUGGGCAGCCCUCUGAAUCCCAGCCCAAGCCUCCCGGCGUUGGCUCACAUAUGUUGAUGGUACCAAGCCACCAUCACCAUUCCAGGGAAAUGCGGAGAUCUGCCUCUGAGCAGACCCCCAACGUGUCCCAUCCUUCCCAGAUGUCAGAGACCCGCAGUAAAUCAUUUGACUAUGGGAGUUUGUCGUCCACUCCUGCCUCCACCCCUGGCCCCUCAGCUUCCUCAGCUCCACAGGAGAGAAGGAAAUGCUUUCUGGUCAGGCAAGCAUCCCUCACUAGACACCCAGAGCAUGAGCCAGACUCAGGCCCAGCAGGCCGGCCAGAGGCAGAGGAUCCGGUUCCUUCUUCAAGCAAAUCUCCCUCGACAAGUUUGCCUCAUCAGCCAACAUCCUCACCCUCUUUGCCCUCUCAUGGUACUUACCCAAGUGAGAAGAGUCAGCCAAAAGACAGCUCUCCGCCAGCAUACACCCAGCCGUACACAGAAGCUCUGCAGGUGUUUCACCAUCCCAUCCCACAGCUCACACUGCAUGAGAAGCACUUCAUGGCCCCGCAGGUUUCUAUCUUUCCCUACCAGCAUCUCCUGCCACAGCCAGGGCAGUCUGCAGAGCUCUUUGCUGCACACACCAUGUCUGACAUCCUCUCUGCUCAGUUCACCAUGCCUCAGCUUCCUCCUUCCAUAUUUCAGACCCCACCGCUGCCUCUCCCACAGACGCUCAUCCACCCAGGCCCGCUCCAUAUCGCUCCUCCCCUGAUGUCUCACCCAGCCGAGGUGCCCUUCAGGCAGCAUCCUUCCUUCCUGCCCAUGCAUUACCCGGUCUCCUCACCCAUCCCCUCAGCCUUUUUUCUGCCUCUCCAGUCUCAGUUUGCUCUCCAGCUGCCAGGUGAAGCCGGUGGCCACUUGCCGCAGAUCAAAUCCAGUUUAUUCCCAGCAGUGGAAGCCUCCAGGCUUUCCCCGUGCACAGAGUAUGACUCGGAGAGCAGGCUGCACCCUCUGACCCGCACGACAAGCCCUUCAGCCUCUGUGUCUGCAUCCCAGCUGGUGGUCCCUACACGGCCAGAGCCGGUGGUGUCCCUGGUGGUCCCCGUUCGCAUCCAGACCAACAUGCCAUCCUACGGCAGCGCCAUGUACACCACUCUCUCCCAGAUCCUGGUCACUCAGUCCCAGUGCAGUUCCUCUUCCAUCGUUCUCCCCAAGUUCGACGAUCGCCAGCCCAAGGGCACCCUGGUCUGCAGUGCUGAUGUUCACGGACUAGGUUUUGAUCUGGCACAGAUGAUCACAGAGGAUCAGAGAAGCAUUUUCCAGAGCCCGUACCUGAGGGUGCCCUUACCCUUACCAGAGCGCAAAGGCUACAUGCCGCUCACCUCCCCAUCAGACAGCAUCCUCGGCUUGGAAGGAGGCUCUUCAACAGUUGGGGGAAGCAAAAGGAUGCUCUCUCCAGCCGGUAGUUUGGAGCUGACGAUGGAAACACAACAGCAGAAGCGAGUGAAAGAGGAGGAGGUGCCUGAAGCAGAAGAGAAGUUGGAAGUGGUGAAGCCGCCCAGUGCAAUAGAGGAAGGGAAAAAGCAGGACAAAUCCCAGUUUCCAGCAGAAAGCCAAGGCAGGGCUGAGGUUGAAACACCACCAACUCUGUCCUUAGAGCAGCCAGAGCCAAAGGAAACCCCAAGGACUUUGCCGCAAACUGAGUCUCCUUCAGCUUCUCCAAGUUUUGAGGCACUGGAAGAGUACAAGCAGCCAGCUGGCAAACAGUUCCUCAGCAAGGCACCUUUGCAACCUGUGAAGAAAGAAGACUCCAAAGAACCAGUGGAGCAGUCUCCACCAAACCCUCCAAGCCCUGCCCCUCUGUCUGAGGGUGCUCACAGUGCAGUGAAGCCGCGCGAAGGUACAGACACGAAGAAGGUACUGCAGUUCCCCAGCCUCCACACAACCACUAAUGUCAGUUGGUGCUAUUUAAACUACAUAAAGCCAAAUCAUACCCAGCAAGCUGAUCGACGCUCCUCAGUCUAUGCCAGCUGGUGCAUCAGCUUGUAUAAUCCUAACCUUCCAGGUAUAUCCACUAAAGCAGCCCUGGCCCUCCUGAGGUCCAAGCAGAAAGUGAGCAAGGAGACCUACACCAUGGCUACUGCUCCACGUCCAGAGGCAGGCAGGCUUGUCCCAUCCAGCUCCAGGAAGCCAAAAAUGACAGAGGUUCAUUUGCCUUCGCUCCUUUCUAAUGAAGGUCGAAAAGAUAUAACUAGAGCUGAGAAGGAAGAGGAUAAAAGAGGAAAAGCAGAAGAAGAGGCUCUUGUGACCAAAAGAGGGGAGCCAGUCAGGAUCAAGAUCUUUGAAGGAGGGUACAAAUCAAACGAAGAGUAUGUGUAUGUGCGAGGCCGUGGACGAGGGAAGUAUGUAUGUGAGGAGUGUGGAAUUCGCUGCAAGAAACCCAGCAUGCUGAAGAAGCACAUUCGCACGCACACAGACGUCAGGCCGUACGUCUGCAAGUACUGUAACUUUGCUUUUAAAACCAAAGGGAAUCUGACUAAACACAUGAAGUCAAAGGCCCACAGCAAAAAAUGUCAGGAGAUGGGCGUGUUGGUAUCUUCACUGGUGGACCUGGAAGCCGAGGAAGGAACCAGUGAAGACCUAUUCCAGGACUCUGAGGGGCGGGAGGGCUCUGAGCCAAUUGAGGAACAUCAGUUUUCAGACCUAGAGGAAUCUGAUGAGGAUGAUGACAAUGAAGAUGAGGAAGAUGAGGAGGAAGAGGAGAGCCAAGAUGAGCCACCUUUAAAGCUGCCUGAAGGCAAACAGACCACGCUCCCAAUGCACUCUUCAGGUGGCUCUCCAUCUUCUCAAGAAGAAGGCACUGAAGCAGCAUUGCCCUUAGCCCAAGAAACUGUUUCCAGCAGCCAAAAAGUAGGUGAAGGCCAGCAGGCCUCGUCCUCAGGGCUGGAAACAAAGUGGUCAGCAGACAGCAGUGACAUUGCUGUGUGCCACAGCUUCUUGAGUCUCCACAGACCAGCUUUGACCUCCACUGAACACUUGACUUCUGCUGAAAGAGAGUCUGUCACAAGGCCACAGAUGUCCUUAGUCAUGGACCUGUCAACCUCCAAAGACACCUCCCCAAGGAAAAGGUGGUCUCCAAGCCAGGACUCUGGCAGAGGUGGUGGCAGCAGCAGACCAAUGCUAGGGAGAAAGCAUCUCCUGACCAAAAAUGAAACUUCCCCCAAACGGUUUUCACCAACUGCAGAGCUGUCUUCUCUAAGGUGCCUGUCUCCAGGGAGAGUGUUGUCUCCUUGCCAGCGUGUCUCUCCCAGGAGGGAGGCAUCUCCACUGAGAUGUGUGUCACCCAGACUUGAGCUGUCACCCAGCAGGCAUCUUUCCCCCAGAAGAGAGCUGUCCCCAAGGCCAUACCUUCCACCAGAAGAAGAAGCCUCCCCUGUGAGGCACUCAUCGCCGAGCAGAGAGAUGUCGUCGGUCAGGUACUUGUCCCUGAAGAAGGUCUUGGCCCCAGGCUGCCUGGAGUCCUCCAGGUAUCCAUCCCCUGGGAAAGAGGACUUGCCUGGGACUAGCAAAUCAGCAGCAGAUGACCAAGUUCAAGGCUCAUAUCAAGCCCAGCAGGGGAUAUUGUCUUCGAUGCCUCUACCUCACAGGUUCUUUGGCAAAAACGUGCAGCUCUACGAGUCCAAGCUGAAGAUAGAACCACGGAGCCCAACGUGCUCACCCGGCCUCACGCAGCCUGUCUGCUCCAGACCCUUGCAGGCACCUCACGAAAUCCACGUCCACGCUCCCAGCCGGGGGGAGGAGAAUGUCUUCAGCCAUCUCCCGUUGCAUUCGCAGCAGCUCACGAGGACCCCGUAUCCCAUGAUUCCCAUUGGGGGCAUCCAGAUGGUCCAGGCGAGGCCGAGCUUGGUGCCCAGCUCGGUCGUGUCCCUGCCAGCAGGAUCCUUUGCCUCCGAGGGCAGCGGCGUCCCGGAGCUCCGCUGGGCUCCCAGCAGGGACGAGGAACCGCAGGCGCCGCGGGAGCCGUCCUCGGCGUCCGUCUCCCCGGUGGCAAAGGUUUCUAAGUACACCCUGUCCCCAGAGCGUACCGGCGGUGGUUACCUAGAAGAGAAAAUGAGGACUAGUGAGCUUCAGCAGUCGCCAGAGCAGGAGGAACACAGGGUAAAAACGUUGGCUGAGCCUAGUGGCGCGGAGCAGGCCGGCUGCUCGGCGUCCCCAGCCAGCCCCAGCACACCCCACGAGCACUCUCCAAAGCCUUCGACGAGCGGGGAAGAAGCCUCGAUCCAAACGGGCAAGAAGCAAUCUGGCAGCUCGAGCACUUCUUUGGAAUCAUCCUGCACUUUCAUCUCAGAUCUCCCCUCCCAGCCGUUGGACCGAAGCAGCAGCACCGGCUGCCUCUCAGAGCCCUCACCCAGCCACCCGCAUGCCCAACCCUUCUCCGUCCGCAGGAGAAACCUCUCCGGAGAGCCCAGUUGCCAAGCGGGGGGAACCUCCAGGAGGAGCAGUCCACACCUAGAGCAGGCAGAUUUAGGUCAAACUCAACAAAAGGUGGAUGAAAACACGGGAAGUGCUUAA